AUGCAAUCUAUUCUUGUAUCGAUCAGUGUAAAAAGUCGUCGGGAACAAUGCCUCGAUGUGCUGCUCCCUUUCUGCGUGGGUAUGGCCAGAAAAUGGCGAGCGCCGGUCGGUCGACUGACUAACUGACGCUGCCUACUGGAAGACGCUUACGGGAAAACUACGUCAAUCAAUCGGGAACGUUCUACGGUACGACGACCGGUUCUGGUUCUGCUGCGCGUGGCGCCGUCUCAAAUUGCGGUCGACACUUAUCGGCAAAGCGAUUCUAACGAAGGGAACGGAAGACGUCUAACGCUUUUCGAUUAG